UUUUGUCACAAACCAGGUGGAAUCAAUCAACCAAAUGCUUGUCUGAAUAUUUUUUCCAUGUGGGUUUCGUCAAUAAGGUUAGCUUCUUGCAGAAAAUUUUUCAAGAACAUUCAAUUUAUUCGAUUGAAAUCAGCUUCUUCAGUAGCUCAAUUAAGUCCAUAUUUGUCAGAUUCUAGUUCUGAUGAACAAAUUGGAAAUACCCACAUGAAAAAUAAUGAGUUAAGUAACAAUACGAUUGAGGUGAACUCGUAUUGGGUUACUGAAAUGCUUAAUAGUUUAAGGGAAGAGCCUAAUGAUGCUUUAUCAUUUUUUCGUCAGUUGAAAGAAAGUGGGUUUAAACAUGAUAUUCAGACUUAUAUGGCUAUGAUUAGGACAUUUUGUUAUUGGGGUAUGGAUAUGAAGUUGGAUUCUUUGUUUUUAGAGGUUAUAAAUUUGGGAAAGAAGGGGUUGGGUUUUGAAGUUUCUGACUUGUUUGAGGAAUUGGUGGAGGGGUUGAAUGCUGAGGGCCCCAAUUCGUUGGUUCGGGCUUUAGAUGGAUUGGUUAAGGCUUAUGCUAGUUUAAGGAUGUUUGAUGAAGCUAUUGAUGUUUUGUUCCAGACAAAAAGGUGUGGUUUUGGAUUGAGUGUGUUGUCGUGUAAUUAUCUCAUGAAUAGGCUUGUUGAGUAUGGGAAAGUAGAUAUGGCUGUGGCGGUUUAUAAACAGUUGAAGAGGAUUUCGGUGAGUCCAAAUGUGUAUACUUAUGGAAUUGUGAUCAAGGCGUUAUGUAGAAAAGGCAAUUUUGAAGAAGCAGUUGGUGUAUUUGAGGAGAUGGAGAAAGCCGGUGAAACUCCUAAUGAGUUUACUUAUUCUACUUACAUUGAAGGGCUUUGCUCGUAUGGUAGAUCAGACUUGGGCUAUGACGUAUUGCGGGCGUGGAAAGGGGUAAAUUUACCCCUUGAUGUCUAUGCCUACACUGCUGUAAUUCGUGGGUUUGUUAAUGAGAAGAAGCUGCAAGAGGCAGAAAUGGUGCUGCUUGACAUGGAGGAGCAAGGAAUGGUCCCUGAUGCCGUUUCUUAUGGGGCUGUAAUUAAUGGAUACUGCACUGCAGGGAACAUUUCUAAAGCUCUGGCUUUCCAUGACAAGAUGGAAACAAGGGGUAUCAGAAGUAAUUGUGUGAUUUUUAGCUUAAUUCUUCAGUGCUUGUGCAAAAAUGGCAAGGCAUGUGAUGCCGUUGAACAGUUCAGUAGUUUUAAGAAGAAAGGUAUUUUUCUUGAUGAGGUGGCUUAUAAUGGUGUAAUUGAUGCUUUGUGCAAACUCGGUAGGUUUGAAGAGGCUGAGAAGUUGCUCGAUGAGAUGAAGGAUAAGAGGAUGACACCUGACAUCGUGCAUUACACUACUUUAAUAAAUGGCUAUUGCCUCCAUGGACAAAUUUUAGAUGCGAUGGGUUUAUUUGAUGAAAUGAAACAAAAAGGCUUGAAACCUGACAUUAUUACUUAUAAUGUGCUUGCUGGUGGAUUUUCUAGAAAUGGCCUUGUUAAAGAGGCACUUCACCUUUUGGACCAUAUGAAAGGACAAGGCUUGAUGCCAACCACUGUCACACAUAAUGUGAUUAUUGAGGGCUUAUGUAUUGGAGGUUAUGGGGAAGAGGCUGAAUUAUUUUUCGAUAGUUUGGAAAAUAAAUCCGCAGAAAAUUAUGCUGCCAUGGUGAAUGGGUAUUGUGAAUUAGGCAAUACCAAAGAUGCUUUUGAGCUUUUCGUUAGACUAUCAAAACAAGGUGCUUUAAUUAAAAGGAAAUCUCGUUUGAAGCUUCUAAGUAGCCUAUGCCUUGAAGGAGAAUAUGGAAAAGCGUUAAAGUUGUUCGAGAUAGUGUUGUCAUUAGGUGAUGGCACUUGCAAAAUAAUGUGUAACAAACUAAUAGCUUCCUUAUGUAGUGCUGGAGAUAUGAAAAGGGCCAGGUGGGUGUUUGAUAAUCUGGUUUGGAGAGGAUUUACACCUGACGUGGUCAUUUAUACCAUGAUGUUAAAUGGUUAUUGCAGGGUAAAUCGCUUGCAGGAAGCCCUUUAUCUUUUCGAUGAUAUGAAGAAAAGGGGUAUUUCUCCUGAUGUUAUCACUUAUACAGUUAUGCUUGAUGGCUAUUCUAAGAAUUUAAAGAGAGAUCGAUUGUCAUCAGAUACAAGGAGGAAUGGCAGAGAAAGAAAGGAUACAGGGUCAGUUUUUUGGACUGAAAUGAACGGGAUGGAAUUAACUGCUGAUGUCAUUUGUUACACUGUUUUGAUUGAUAGUCACUGUAAAUCAGACAACAUUGAUGAUGCUAUUCACCUUUUCACUGAAAUGAUUGAUAGAGGUUUAGAACCUGAUAGUGUGACAUACACAGCUCUAAUAUGUGGCUAUUGUAAGCAAGGACAUGUUGAGAUGGCUAAAGAACUUGUGAAUGAUAUGUGGAGAAAGGGAAUACAACCAGAUAGCCAUACCAUCUCAGCACUACAUCAUGGAAUCAUAAAGGCCAAAAAGUUGCACCUUAGGCAUGACAAUAACUCAGCCCAAAAUCGGAGGUUAUCUAGUGUAGUUUUGGCAAGGCACAAGUUUGUUGCAUGGAGAUGAUAAAUAUUCAUUUGAAUGUGAAGAGCACAUACUUUGGUAAUACUGGAAAGAGAAGAGUUGGUGCUCCUGAUGUAACUAAGCCAGCAGCGGUCAUCAUGAGGCCUGAAAAUCAGACGUUUGAUGCUGUUGAUGGAAAGCAAGAAAGACCAACAUUCCUCUGUCCACUUGAUCAUGAUGUGAUGGACUUGCAUGAGCAUUUGAAGCCUUGGCUUUUGGGACCACUGCUAUGUGUGGAUAAGAUACCUUCUGGUUCUGGGUUAUAUCAACUGUUCCUUUCUACUGCAUUACCUGACGACAGUAUGUAACUCUUCAGUAUAUUUAUUCGGUAGGCAAUGGAACAUAUAAUUCCAAGAAUCCUCAAAGCAGAAAUGGAUUCUUGUUUUAUCUAACGAAGAGUCCAGAGAAGUCUUUGCUUUAAACUAACAUCGGGAGACAAGGUUAGGCACUGGCAACGCAGCAUCUAUUCCAGGCACUAAGCCAACAGGGGGUGCUAACCGAUCACCCAACCCACAGCAGAUGCCCAAGUGUUGGAGUUCCAGCGAAUGAGGGAAUACUCUCUCAUUCCUAGACACCUCGUCUAUGUAUUGCAUCUCCCUCAAUGGCUAAGAAGGUAGGUGCACCGUGAUAUGAUAAGGGCAUUGAUGCAUGGAACGUUUACAUCUUCUGAUCUUUCAUAAAUGCGAGUGUUUAGUUAGUGAAUCUUACAGUUUCAGAAUGCAUUAAGGAUAGUAGAUUGAAUAGUUGGAUUAAAUGACACAGUAAACUCUUAUAGUCCAAUGAUGUAAUUUUACCAUAUUUUUAUUACUCUAAUAAUAUAACAUUUGAUAUGUUC